GAAACCGCUGGAAAAGCUGAGCAGGUCCGGCAGCUCAUAUCAAGAGAAAUCUGAGGACGUACUUCGGGUCCAGUGAUCCUUUUUUAGAACAGGACCAGGUUUCAGAAACAUCCCGGGGAGAGGAGACAGUGAGACAGGCGUAUUUGAAUACGGAAGUUUCAAAAUGAACAGAUGAAAGCCUUAUCCGAAAACAUUGACUCUCCUGCUCCUCGGAUGCCGUCUGACCCAUUGUGCUUUUUCAGUGCCACAGUUUUCAACAGUGAUUCUCCAGUGACUCCAGUCCUCACUUUGAUGUCAAUGUCUGAUAGUCACUCAAUCCAUCAGGACCGCAACAAUUUUCAACUAUGAUUCUGUGAGGAGGAGACUAGCUUUUUGGUACUAGUUUGAGUACAUUUUCAGCAUCAGUGGGAGUAGAUGAGAGACCCUACUGUUGCAGCGCAUUGAGUGUGGAGCGUGUAACAGCUAUACAGCCUGAAAACAGGAAUUCACGGCAGGGAGGGGCUGUACAUGUGUUUGCGUACAGCUGAAGCUUCAGCCAUGGAGGAACCGGAGGAAUCUCGCUCUGUGGAGAAACAAUGGAAGUGUGGUAAUUGUGGGAAAGGCUUUCAUGCCCUGUCUGCCCUGGAGACUUAUUGGCGCAGCCACACCGAGGGGAGGCCGUUCUCCUGCCACUUGUGUAGGAAGGCCUUCAGCAAAUCCUCUGACCUGCUGAAGCACCACCGGGUCCACAGAGGGGAGAGGCCAUUCAGCUGCCCUGAGUGCGGGAAGGCCUUCAGCAAUUCCACUACCUUGCUGACCCACAAGCGGGUCCAAUCGGGGGAGAGGCCUUUCAGCUGCUCAGAGUGUGGGAAGGCCUUCAGCAAUUCCUCCGACCUGCUGAAGCACCAGCGGGUCCACACAGGGGAGAGGCCAUUCUCCUGCCCAGAGUGCGGGCAGGCCUUCGGUGAUUCCUCUGCCCUGCUGACCCACCGGCGGGUCCACACAGGGGAGAGGCCGUUCUCCUGCCCCGAGUGUGGGAAGGCCUUCAGCAAAUCCUCUGACCUGUUGAAGCACCAGCGGGUCCACACGGGGGAGAGGCCGUUCUCCUGCCCCGAGUGUGGGAAGGCCUUCAGCAAUUCCUCUGCCCUGCUGACCCACCGGCGGGUCCACACCGGGGAAAGGCCUUUCAGCUGCCCUGAGUGUGGGAAGGCCUUCAGUAGUUCCUCCUACAGGCUUAACCACCAACGGGUCCACACAGGGGAGAGGCCGUUCCCCUGCACCGUGUGCGGGAAGGCUUUCAGCAAUUCCUCCAACCUGCUGAACCACCAGCGGAUCCACACAGGCGAGAAGCCCUUCACCUGCUCUCAGUGUGGGAAGGGUUUCACCCGUUCCUUCAACCUGCGGAGCCACCAGCGAAUUCAUCUGCCAUCGCAGGGGGAUUGAACGAGCAAUGGGUUGGAGGGGUUGGUGGUGGUGAUGUUGGGGAGAAUGUGUGCGCUUUGACCUUGAGCUGUUUUUUAAAUAAAAGCUACUUUUUCUAUGCCUUU